AUGGCAUCAAUUGAAGUAUCUGAUGAAUCAAUAAGUAGAAAUGAAGAAGUCAACGAAGAGUAUGAAAACGAUGAUGGAGUCAUCGAAGAGAAUAAUAAUAAUAACAAUAAAGAUGAAACACCAAAAGACAAGAAAUUAAAAGGUGCUAUUCAAUCAAUCAUGAAGAAUAUGGUAUCUUCAAAACAACCAUUUAGUUUACCAAUUUGUUUUAGUGAACCAAGAUCAUUUUUAGAGAAAUUAACUGAUAUGGGAGACUACCUUGAUAUCUUUUUAGGAUCAUCAAAUAUGGAAUCAAGUGAAAAUAGAUUUUUAGAGAUUUUAAAGUUUUAUUUAUCAAGUUGGAUGGAAAAUCAAGAUGUACGUUCACCAUUCAAUCCAGUGAUUGGUGAAACAUUUUCAUGUAAAUGGAAUCAUAGUGAUGGUUCAUCAACUGAAUAUAUAGCCGAACAAUUGUCUCAUCAUCCACCCGAGACUGGAUUCAUUAUGAACAACAAGACCAAGUCUAUCAUUAUGCAUGCAUAUCUCCAGCCAACAAGCAAGUUUUGGGGCAAUUCAUUGGAGAGCACAAUCGAAGGAAAUGUAAUCUAUUUACUACCAAAAUACGACGAAGAGUACACUGCCAAUCUUCCAAAGAUUGCUGUCAAGGGUAUCGUCGUUGGAUCUUUGGCCACCGAGUUGAAUGGUUCCACCGUUCUUUCUUGCAAAAAAUCGGGAUACUAUGCCGAGAUGGAAUUCAAGGGUAGAGGUCUCAUUGCUAAAAGCAAAAAUAUGAUGAUUUGUAAAGUUAGACAUCCAUCAAGUAAAAGAUCUUUAUAUACAUUGGAAGCUAAAUGGGAUGGUACAAUUACUAUUUUAUCUUCAAAAACAAAUAAAACAACAUCAUUUUUUGAUCCAAGUUCAAUUAAAAAGAAUGAAAAGAUCGUUGAAGAACUUUCCAAACAACCAGAAAAUUCAUCUCAAAGAGUAUGGGAACAUGUUAUCAAAAAUAUCAUUGUCGACAAUGAAGAUGAAGCACAAUCACAAAAACAUAUCGUCGAAGAAAAUCAAAGAAGCAUUGCAAAGACUCGAGAAGGACAAGUCUGGAAUCCAGUUCAUUUUACAAAGACUGAUGUAUCCUAUAUUCAUAAUCAAUUAAAUAGUUUGAAAAAGGAAAUGUCAUAA